AUAAAAUAUUACAGAUGAAAAAGUAUCUAUAUAAGAAUAGCGUCCCAAAAAAUCACCGUAUCCAAUUUAUUUUAUAAAAAUCAAUAAGAAAAACAGAAUAUAGGUUAUAACCUCUAAAAAUAUUUAUUUUUUUGUAACAGAUUAUUUUAUUAUUACUUAAAAAUAUUAGAAAAAGUGAACUUCGUGAAGUUACAUGGUUAUGGCGCCAAAUUAAGAACAACUUGUUUUUUUUAAUUGACAGAUCUUGCUUGACAGAUAACGUAACGUUCAGAACAGUAACUACACAUUCUGAAAGAUGUGUAAAAUAUACACAGAUUAAAAAACAUUAUUUGAUUGUAUGUGAACUCACGGCAUGGGCCGGAAAUAAAUCACAGGGCGCAAAAUAUGAAUUAUCAAAUAGUUAAAUUAUUGAAAAUAGAAUGGAGAUAUUUCUUUCUCUCUUUUUAAUUUAGUACUUUAUUAUGAAUUUCAAAAACGUACUUAUCAAACGUUUCAAACGUUGGCUAAAAAUAAAUUAAACGAAUGUGAGUGACAUUGACAAUUUGCAAUCUAUCAAACAAAAAACGUCAAAUAAAAAUGGCAGAACCAAAACUAAGCGUCUUGUGUAAAAUUAGACAUUCUACAACCAAUAAAUGAUUUUAAAUUAAUAUGAUUUUAUCAUUCAUUCGUCGCGUUCAUUAAAGAUAAUUGUUUAAUGGGAUGCACACAUUUACAGUUGAAAUGAACUGAUAUUAUUGGUGUAUUUUAAUAAAUUUAAUGUUGUCCUAUGAAUAGAAGUUCUAUGAUUUUGUAACUCUAUUUUAUAUACGGGUGCCGCGCGUGUAUGAAAACCUAAGCGAAUAAUGAUUUUUAAAGUGUGAAUUAAACAAACAUUUUAUCGCCAUGGAAACUGAUAAAGUUUGUAGGAUAUGUCUCAUAACGGGUGUAAAAAUGUAUGACGUCCAGAGUUAUCCUAUAAAAAAAUACUUAGAGGCCAUAGUUGGAGUUAAUUCUCUGGGAGAAAUGUUACUACCAUCUUCCAUUUGUUUUGAGUGCCAAGCUCUGACUAGAAAAUAUUAUUUCUUCAAGGAGCGGUGUAUGAAUGGACAGGGGGCUCUACUUGAUAUGCUGAGUAUAUAUGGGAAGAUAAAUGUGGCACAACUGCCACAAUUGAGGGAAUCCUUCAAAUUGAAAUCUACUUUGAUUAUUGACAAUCAGACCCAUUUCAUUGACUUCUGCUAUGAGGAGAUCAGUUUCAAUGAAUCACAGAAGGAAGAAGUUAAAGUGGAACCAUUUGAAGAUGACACCCUGGACUUCACAGAAGCACUGGAGGCUGAUGACUUGCUGGAAACCAUAAAAAAAGAAGAUCAUAAAUUUGAAGUGUUCCUCAAUUCACCCAUGUCAAGUGAUGAUGAGCCACUUUCCACACAUAAGAGAAAUAAGACUGAAAAGGCAGAGGUGAUGAUAGAAGCCGAUGCGCCAGUAAAGCGCAAACGUGGGCGACCGCGAAAAGGAGAAGGUAAAGCAAAUAUUGAACCUGGUGAUCAGCCCCCCAAACGUAAAUUCAAGCGCAGAGUCACUGAGAACACUGGCGGAAUCUCUGAGGAGGAAGACUUUGAUUUGGAGCAAUUUGUGGAAAUUAUUAAUUUAACUCCUGAGGAGCAGCUGCAAGAAAUAGAAAAAAGAAAGGAGUCUUCAAACUAUCAGAAUUCAGCAUUCCAGUGCAACUUCUGCUACAAAGGGUUCAUUAACUUGCAGGCUUUUAACCACCACAGCGCGAAACAUGACCCCAGCGCGGGCAACAUAAAGUGUCCCAUUUGCAAGAUCCGUUUCAAGAACAAACGGGCAUACACGAAACAUCAAACUAAUCACGAGAAGAAAUACAAGUGUAAAUCGUGCCCUUACGUCUCCAAGACGUCAACGCAAGCGAAGCAGCACCAGAGGUGGCAUAAAGGAGUGACGUACAAGUGUCAGUAUUGUGACGAGAUCUCCACCAAAUGGACGUCGUAUUUGAGCCACGUCCGCAUAAAGCACCCAUCGGAGUUCAUUUGCGGAGUUUGCGGAUAUUCGUUUGUGAGCCGUCUGGGGCUCGCCAUGCACAGAACUAUGAUGCACAAGGGGGUACAGGAUAACCAAGAACCCGAAGGUGAUCUCAAGACAGAAGAAUCUAGGCCUUAUUGCUCAGUGUGCAACAUUCAAUUUGUCUCCGAGGAGGCGUUCAAGCGGCACAUGGUCAUGUCCGCGAAACACACCAAGAGUAAUGAGGAUAGUCACGGCUGUAAAACGUGCGGCGAGAGUUUCCCAAGCGCGGAAGCACUCCGAGUUCACCACCGCGCCACCCACGCUCGGAAACGACCCAAGAACUACGGCAAGAGACCGCCUCCCUACUCCUGGCCCGCCCCUUGUAAUCAUUGUGGCGAGCACGUGGCCAACGGGCGCGCGUACUGGACGCACUUCCGGCGCGCGCACCCCGGCCUGCCCUACCCCAUCCGCAAGGACUACGUCUGCGACGUCUGCGGGAAGAGCUUCCGGGGCAACGCGUUCCUAGUGUACCACAAGCGUACGCAUACGGACGAGCGAGCGUACAAAUGCUCGCUCUGUCCGAAAGCGUUCCACAACCGCACCAAUCUGCACAUGCAUCAAAAAACACAUUCAGACCAUCGGCCACACCCCUGUUCUGUCUGCUUCAAGGCCUUCAAGUCUAAAGGAGCCUUGGACAGGCAUUUCCGGAGCCACACGGGCGUGAAGCCGUACGAGUGCGAGGUGUGCGGCAAGGCGUUCAACCAGUCCAACAGCCGCAAGCUGCACGUGCGCACCGUGCACCUGCGCCAGCCCGCGCCCUACGUCAGCCGCGCGCGCGACCGCCGCCACCGCCCCAACGCCUAGUGUGCAGGUGCCUGCAGCCAGCUGGGUGGGACAUAGGAGCUCUACCGCUUCUAAAAGUGAUGACGUUCGAGUAUCGUGACGCGCGGGCUGCGGCCGCUUGGGUGGGACAUAGAAGCUCUACCGCUACUAUGUGAAAGUGAUGACGUUUUAACUAUCGUGAAGUUGAAAGUUAUGUGUUGAAAAGAAUGUGUAAUGUCUAAGAGUGCAACCAGUUCCGAGUAUGAUAACGUGCUCAUCAUAAUAGGCUAUUUGACAAGUUUUUUAAAACCCAGUUUAUUUAUAUUAUUUAGUAGGAGUUAAAAAACUUAAUAAAAGUAGUAUUUUUUAAUUUUGGUACUUAUUCGCUGAAAAAAUCAAAUAUAAAAAUCAAUAUUUCAAUAGCGCGUAAAAAAGCGACUUUGACAAUAUGGCGCUACAGGGGGGUCGGUGACGUCACCUGCUUGUAUUGUGACCUGUGGUACAUAUCACUCUUAAACAUUUGUUGCAAACAAGAAGCGAAAGUGACAUAGACAGUGAUUGAUAGAAUUGGUAAAAUAUUAUAAUUGAAUCACACAAAACCAAUGUAAAACAGUUUCGAAUGCUAUUUCUUUCUUUCUUUUCUAUAUUAUGGCUUCCACCUGACUUUCGGUGAUUCUGCCAAUGUCAUGGUUUGAAGAGACACGAAGUUACGAAAUUGGACGGUAUACGAUCUGCAAGAAUAAGGUUAACAAAUGUACAAACACAACGAGUAGGUAUUGUCAGUAAAAGAGAAAAAAAGUUAAUGAUCAUAAUGUGUAGUGAAUGUGUACGGUAUGAAAGUUUUGUAGAACAAGGCACAUAAGAAGAGAUUUCGGAGGUAGGAUCGAAUGCUAUUAUAUUCUCUAAUAACACAAGUAAGAGCAAGUAGGCAAAUGUCAAGUUCAACGAGCAAGUAACGUCAUUAUCAAUCCGCCUAAUCAGGAGCGUUUUGGGUCACGUGACAAACUAUUAAAAAUGUGCAUUUUUAGUUAUGAAUUUAAUUAUAUUUUUAAACUCAUUAUAAAUACUGGUGACAAUAAUUAACACUAUAUUUUUCACAUUGUCAAAUAGCCUAUUCUAUAAGAGAUGAGAUUUUACAUAGUUACUGGCUGAUGAAAUACUGGUUGUGUAGCAAAACCUGAAACCAGUCAAACCAGUCAGCCGCAACUGUAAUAAGCGGUACAGUUAGGGGAGAAGGGCCCAAAGCAGGUCACUUAAAGUAAACUAUAUAAUAAAAAUGCAAUUUUAACUAUUAGGUUCCUUUUAAUUAAACAUUUACGAAAAGUAUUUAUUAAACUUAAUUUAUAAAAACAAAAAGUAUGCAUCUUAUAAGUAUUUUUCAAGUUAUAUCAAAAUCAAGUGAAUGUAUAGUUUUACCCGCUUUGCCCGUAGGCAGUGCCCAAAGCAGGUAUGCUGUCUGGGCAAAGCGAGUAUGCGAAAAUAAUAUCUUAUUCUAGGAAACUUUGGCAGCAAAUCAAAAAGGUAACUCAUAUUGUGCGCAUACCUGACAAUUUUACAAUCAAACCUGACAACUUAACUUUGGUUCUCUUUUGUCUAAUGCAAAUCUUUGACAUAUUUAACGUUAGCAGUAAACUAUCAAAAGUAGAACAAGUUAUAAAUCCAAGAAAGUUGGACCAGAAAUCCAUCCAUUAUCAGUACAAACGGCUUCAGUGCCUGGUGGUGAUCCAUCCAACAGUCGUUCCUGCAUGCGUUUUCGUCCAAAUAUCAUAAACGGUGGUAUAAAACCGCCAGCUGCAUUGCAACAGCAUACGAUUGUUGUCAAUUUUCCUCUUUCGACACUAGAUAUGACUCCUACUUGCUUUUUGCCUGUUUUUGAGAGAACUUUUGGAGGCUUGUUGCUGGUUGUUUGGAUGCCCGUUUCGUCAACAUUAUAAAUUCUCGUAGCAUCUACUUUGUGUUUGUCAAUCUGCUCUUCUAGGAGAUUGAAGAAUCUUUCCACCUGUGGCCUAUUAAAUCCUCGGGCACGAGCUACUGAGGUCGGUUCGGGUUGUCUCAAUGUAACUUCAGGAUGUCUAAUUCUAAAACUUUUGUACCAAUCAUCUCCUGCAGUAUUUUGUUUGAAUGGAUGAGGUAUAUUAUUGGCUGUUGCAUACUCGAAAGCCAGACGGCAAAAUUCUUGUUUGUUCAGGCCAUAAAACAAGUUGUCCAUGUGAAAUAAAUAUUCAAUUAAUUCUGUUUCUUGUUCUUCUGUAAAAACGCAACGAAAUCGGCCAAGACUUUUUUCCGCAGAACCUUUUUUAAUAUGUCUUUGUAGAGUUGACAAAUUAAUACCAUAUCUUUUAGCAGCAUUCCUGACUGAUGUUUUUCCUGCCUCUUCCAUUGCUAGCUUCAUGGUUGUAACAUCCCACGAUGCCUGUUGAGUUUUUCUUUUGUAUUUCUGAACCAUCUGGAAAGGAAAUAAAAGUAAUAAUUUAUAUUAUUAAAUAUAGGGCAAAACGGGUAGGGGCAAAUCAGGUACCCGUUUUACCCCUACCCUCUUUGCCUAAAAACACGUUUUAAAUGUUCGACAACAUAACCUGAAAGCCUUAAUCGAUAAUGAAACAGUUUAUUAGGAAUUCAAAGCUAAAUUCAUGAACAAAAACACAUGCAAACUUACAAAAAGACUAUUCAAGCCACAAUAGAAUAAUUCGAGUUCACAUACCUUGAUAUUUUUUAACAAAAUCUCCGAAAAACAACUUUUGUCACUCCCACAAAAACUACGCGACUCCGGCGCCUCGGCCAAACUGACGCUUGUUGGGAUUUGUUCGGGUGUUCCCGCACACUUUUGCUUUUGCUAUAAUUCAUUGAACAUAUUGACAAUCGCGCUGACCUGCUUUGGACCAUGUACCCGCUUUGGGCCCCCUUCCCCUACACCUAAUUAUUAAUGAAUUCGUCAUGUAAAUAUUGUCGAGCUUAAAAUUGUAUUUUAGAAUAAAUUACCGGUCUUAUAAAAUUUUUAUCUUUAUUUUUGGAACCCUUAAAUAGUCAUUUUUAAUCAAUUCGAUAGAAGAGUAAAAAAAAAUUACGUAUUGAUUGAUGGAUACCGACAUUACUGCGGUGAAUUCUCAUAAUUAUAGUUUCGAAAUUUUUUUCACUUUUUGUUUUAAUUUAUCUUCCAAAAUCGCCAACACGUCUGUUGCACAG